UUGACCUUCAAGUGCUCAGCAAUCUCCAUUUAAUGGAUGAGGCCACUAAAUCGUUGCCUAUGGAUGAUUUGGAUUUAAUAAAAGAUGCCAAAUACAAAAGCUUUGUUGCCCAAAUUGAUAAAUCACUUAGAAGUUUUGAUUAUUCCAAUGAAUGGGCUGACCUUAUAUCUGCUCUGGGACGGCUUAUCAAAAUCAUUCAAUCCAAUACAAAAUGUGGUUAUAUUCCACGACAUUUUAUCAUUGGUAAACGUCUUGCUCAAUGUUUACAUCCUGCUUUACCGGCUGGUGUACAUUGUAAAGUGUUGGAAUGUUACGAUGUGAUAUUUCGUACUAUUGGCUCUGAACGUGUUGCCUACGAUUUGCCUAUUUAUGGUCCAGGUUUAUUUGCACUACUGGAACCAUCGGCUAUGACAGUGAAAUCACCAUUGUUUGAUAUUUAUGAAGAACAUUUACUUCCUCUUGGCAAAUUACUUCAUCCUUCAUUUUUAGGAUUAUUAAAGGGUUUACUACCAGGUUUGGAACCGGGCGCAGAAUUCUCUGAACGUGGUAAUCGAAUGUUAGAAAUGUUCAGUUUCUCUGUUGGACCAGCAUUCUUUUAUACAUGUCUAUGGAAGCUUUUUAUUCGAUGCUCAUCUAUUCGACAAUAUGGAAUUUCAUUUAUACUCAAUCAUUUAAACAAACGUAAACCAUUAGAUUCACAAAAUUAUAUUUAUGGUUUAGAUAAAAAUAUUCUAAUAGAAAGUUUAUGUUGUCUAUUCGGUGACAAUGUACUCCUGGUACAACGUGAUGCUCUUGAUUUCGUUCUACUAGCAUUACCAAUACAUUUUUAUUCGACAACAACAACAACAACAGCGCCUAAUCCAUUUCAAUCUAUGACUAAUCAAUUUGUAUUAACUAUGAAAGAUUUUUCAAUGUUAUGCACAGCUUCAUUGUCAAUUUUAUUACGUCGUGAUGCCUCUUUAAAUCGUCGUUUAUUUACUUGGCUUAAAGGUAGUCAAUCCAUUGAAGGAAUGAUUAUCAAUGGGUUAAGUAAUCAUCAUGUAGGUAUCAAUGAAUCAAUGACAUGGGCAGAUAUCAUUAUAAAUCAAGAAGAGAAUAAACAUUUAUUGACGUCAAAUGAAAAUACCAGUCAAUGUUAUUUUAAAUUUUAUUCACAAACAAUUCUUAUCGAAUCUGUUCGUUGUGUUAUUCACAAGCCUACAUGUUUACCUAUUUCAUUAUGUCAAUUCAAUGAGAAUCAGUUAAAUGUUUCUAGUAAAUCUACCUUUGGAUCAGAUUUAUCUGCUUUAGUUACAGAACGAAGUAUUUCAGAGCGUCCAUUUCGUGUAUUAGUUGGUCUAACUGAACAACCUGAUAUAGCGCUUGGUUUAUUAGACAAUCUUUUAUUAGAUAUUAUGUGGUAUACUUAUGAAGUUUAUUUAAAAUUACGUUGGCAAACUACAAAUUCAAUUAGGCGUCAAAAAUCCUCGUCAUCCUCCUCCUCAUCAUCAUCACAUCGUGAUUCCAUUCUAACCAUAUCAGAUUUAGUGAAUCGACCAAGUUUAAAUGAGAAACAAUUACCAAUGAAUAUGAUGAAUUUAAUUAAAGAUUAUAUUUUAAUUCGUGACAGUGCAAAACCAACAUCGAAUUUACGAAUCGAUAAUCCAAGUAAAACUUCUUCAUUGAAUUCAGAUCAUAAUGGAAUGACAAUUACCAGUAAUCAUUUAAUUGAUAAAGAAGAUUCCACUGUUUCAAUCGAUCCCAAUAUUAAGAAGAUGUCAACAGUUCAUUCUACUACUACAACUGCUACAACCACUGCUGCCACUGCCACUACUACUAAUAAUGUUGUUGAUGAAUUUUUGCGUACAGCUCAUUUAUUUUUUAGUAAUAUAAAUAGUGAAUUUUUAUGGAGAUUUAUUGAAAAUCAAUUCACUGAAUUAUUGAAUAUAGGAUCAUCAUCAUCAUUAUCGUGUAACGGAACAAUUGACAAUUCAACAACAACAGCAACAGUAGCAGUACAAUCUGAUCGACGGCGACGACGACGGAUGACAAUGAGAACUUCAUCCAUGGAAUAUAACAAUAACAGUAACAGUAACAAUACUAAUGAUUGGCAUCAAUCUCCAUUAAAUUUAUCUUUAAUUCAAUGGUGUUGUGUGAUUGAUUUUUUCUUAAAUUGUUUCCCUAUGGAUAUGUUAUAUUCAAAUGUUUGUGGUUGUUAUUUGCCUCGUUUACUUAUUCAUUUAAUUGAUUGUUUAGUGAAAAAACUUCGAAUUGAUUGUGAAGUACAUUAUACUACUACUACUGCUACUCCUACGACGACGAAUUCAUGUUUACCUGUAUCGAAUGAAGAGAAUUUUUCAAAAUAUCAAUUAACACCGUCUGAAUGGGCUAGUUUAAUUGGUUGUUUAGACGCGAUUGUACAUCAUAUACGUGAGUAUGCUGUGACAAUAUUCGAUCAGUUAUCAAGUUCAGUGAAUUGUGCACAUCCAAUAGAAUCAUUGACAUCAAUAACCAAUCAGAAUAAUAGUAGUUGUGAUGCUGACGCAGGUAAUCAAGGUGUCGCAUUCACCGGUUGUGAUGUUGCUUCUUCUUCUUCUACCAGUGGAAAUAAUCAAAUUUCUGAAGAAUUAACAAUGAUUGCUAAAGCAGUUGGUCAAUUUCGACAAUUUCUUGGCAUAUUCUGUAUUCAUGUAUUGAAUUUUUCACCAGUGAAAAUGAAUGAAUUUAUACAAAACAUUUGUAUGGAACCAUGUCAACAUGAUGUAUUCAGUAUUUCAAUGGAAAAAGCAACAAGUACAAUGAAUGUUACUCGUAGUAAACAUAAUACUACUACUAAUAAUAGUAAUAAUCAAGACCAGCUUGAUAAAGAAGCCCCCGCAAAUAAAUCUCAUGAAAAAUCAGCAUUCAUGCAAAACCAAUCCAUUAUAUCAUCGCCGUCAUCUUCAAUCAGUUGUAUAGAUUUGUUUGCACAAAUUUGUCGUCUUAUUGUAGAAAUGUCCAAUUUUCCUUUAUCUGUUAUGCAUCAAUAUAAAAAUUCCACUGGGAAUACGUUUAAUUAUCAAUCAGAAAUGAAUCUUUUAGAUUUAUUCGGUGGUGAACUUAUACGUCAACCAAAUACAGGCGAUUAUUUAACCAAGGAAUUUAUCGUUGGUUUACAACAAUUUGCAAUGCUAAACAAUGCUCAUUGUUAUUUUCAUUACAGUUUGGGUUGUUUUAUUUUGCCACAAUGGCUUGUUUGUCUACUGUAUGCAUCAUGUAAUGUAGACAAUUUCAAUAUUAAAUCGAUUGCAUUGUAUACAUUGAUUGAAUUAUUUCAUGCAGCUAUAUCCAUUCAUGGUUGGAAUACUGAAUUACCAUGUCAGUUGUCGGACAGCACUGCUGCGACUACUUCCACUACUAAUGAUCGUGAUGAUGAUCACAGCAGUGCUAACGACACUGAACAGAUUCAUUCAGGAAAGAUGAAUAAAACGGAAAAUAAAUCAGCUGCUACGAAUGGUAAACAUCAAGUCAAUCAGGGAAUGCGUUUAGUAUUUCCUGUAUUAAGUGGAGAAUUAAUGGCUUAUCUAAGUCAAAGUACAAAUUUAUUUACGUAUUUAGGCAUUUCAUUAUGGCAUUAUCUAUCACCAGAAUAUUCAGCUUAUCAUGAAGAUACAACAAGUUUACUUGUUCGUCUACAUCAAUUAGCUCCACCAAUGCCAAAAUCUAUUUCUAUCGGUUAUCAAUUCACUACUAAUACUACUACUACCACUACCACUAGUCCUUCAGGUGGAGCAGGAGCAGGAGGAGGAUCAGCAACAGCAUUCUCUAACACUAUUAGUUCAUGUAUAGAGAAUUUCAUUCUUUCACAAAUGCUUUCAUCUAAUUUAACCACUAAAAUCGAUGCUCAAUCACGUUUUAUCCUAUUAUGGCAUUUAAUGCGUUAUUAUGGAUCACGUGGUCAAUCAACAACAUCAUCAUCAUCAAUUCCUGUUGCUGGUAGUAGACGAUCAGCAACAACAGCAGCAGCAUCAGCAACGCAUGAAUCAUCAUUUAGUAGACAACAACAACAAAAUGGAUUUUACAAUUCCAUCACAGCGGUAUCAUGGAGGCGUAGAUUUCUUUGUCCGACUGAAUCUAAAAAAUCAAUUGGUCACAGCGAUUUAUCAGCUGGUUUAAAUUUAUAUGAUAUUCCUUUUUAUAGAUGUACUCUUCUCUUAUUGGAUAAUUUGGAUUAUGAUAAUCCUCCAUUAAAUCCAAUUGAUUCAGUUAAACAAAACAUUGAACAAUUGAAUCAAACAGAUCGCGAUCAUGAUCAUGAUGAUCAUCCAAUCAAUUUUGGCAAUUCUAUUCUACAUGAUCAAUCGGUUGUAUGGAUAGAGAAAGCAUUGAGAACUGGUCAAAUUGAUCGAUUGAUUGUACCGAUUCUAGCUAUCUUAUUACAUCCUGCCACGGCUAGAAUUAGUCUUAAAUCACAUGUAUUAAAACAUUAUUAUUGUGAACAAAUGAAAAUAACAAAAUCAAAAAAAUUAUUUGUGAAUAAUUUAUCGAAUUCAAUGAAGACAGACACUGAUUGUAAACCACCAUCGUAUGAAGAAGUUGUCAAUGCAAUGAAUACUACUAGUAAUACGAAUUCUCAACUUUCAACGACUGUGAACACUAUGCCCACAGAAAAUGCAUCAAAUUUAAUGAAUAAUGGUACAGUGGGUGCACAAUUACAACAAGUUGAUUCUAGCAUGGAAUUAACUGAUAAAUCAGGAAGAACAGUCAUCAAUGAACUAAAUACUACUACUACUACUACGAGUACUACUACUACUACUACCUCUUCGAAACAACAAACUGCUGAAGCUAUUCUCAACUCCGUUUUAUCAAUGCGUUUAAUGCAAGAUGAAGAGAGUCAUUCAUUGUUGGAUUAUGUCACAGAUUGGCAUGAAAAUUGUGAAACACUUACAAUGUUACCGGUCAAUGAACAUUUAUUAGUUUAUUUACAAAAUUAUGAUGCUAAUCAAGUAAUCUAUGCAUUCUCUCGUCUACGAUCAAUUCUUUGUAUUAAACCAGAUUUAUUUGUUCGUUCACUUGCUACAUGUAAAAUUAAUUCAUUUUAUUCAUGUAAUUUAUAUGGUUUAAAAUUCACUGAAUUAUUAACUAGACAUCGUCGUUCAAUGGCUGGUGGUAAUUUUUUCACUGUUUCAACAACAGAUGAAUUAAAUGCCGUUCAACAUAUGUAUACAAAUUUAUUAGAAUUAUUGAUUGAUUUAUGUUUACAAUUUAUGUGUAGUUAUUUACCAUUUAUUACUACUACUACUACUACUACUACUACUAGUAGUAGUAUGAAUGGUACUGACCAAUGUUCCAUGCAAUUUGCUCAUCGAUUUCAUGGUUCAAAAUGUUGUGAAUUUAGUACAAAUCAAUUUGUACAGAAUACAGCAACGGAUAUUUUGCGAUUAAUUGUUCAACAAUUAGUAUGUAUACAAGAUGAAUGUUUCAAUUCUCCACUGAUCAAUUCAACGCUGAAAACCAACUCUAAUGUAUCGAAUGUGAAGAAUUCUUCUUCUAGUGCUCGACUAUCAGAAAUAUCCUUAACAUCAUCAUCGUCAUCAUCAGUACUGUAUUCUACAGGAUUGACAAAUUCCAACAAUGUUCCACCAAAUACCAUAACAUUUACAUCUAUGAUACAACAAGCUAAUGGACGUCGUCUUGUACAAACUACCUUGUAUCAUACAUGUUUAACAUCUGCUGUGUUACAUUGUCUAGCAUCUUGUAUGAUUAAAGUACAUUGGCCUAAAUAUGAUAAAAAUUGGUCAGAUUAUUCACAACCAAAUGGAAUCAAAAAACUUCCAACAUGUUUACAAUUAAUUCUGGUCAAUGAUCUAUUAGCCAAUUUACCGAAUUCAUUUUACACAACACAAUUACAAUCUCUGCUGCAUUUAUUCAAUGUUAUUCUUCAUUUAAAACCAUGGUAUGGUUAUGCUGAUCGUUUAACAUUAAUGAAAUAUUAUCAACUAUACCCACCACCACAACAGAAUAAUAACACACAAACCACCACCACCACUAACACCACUACUAACACUACAUUGAUGGAAUUAUCCAGCUCAAAUGUAUUAUGGCCUAUACGAUGGUCAAAUACACUGCUACUAUCACCUUCUGCCUCCUCCUCCUCAUCAGUAUCAUUGUCCCCGAUGGCCAAUCAUGAUGACACAAUGACCAAUACUGAUGUAUUGUCACUUAUAUCUUAUUAUAUGAAUGAUAUAUGGUUGAAAGCUUUCAAUAAAUUACCAACUACUACUACUACUUCCAUGCCUACAUUGAAUAAUGAAUUAUCUAUAUUUCGUUUAAAUUGUCUCACUAUAUUGUAUUCAUCGAAUACCACUAGUAAUAGACCAAAUGUAAAUGUGAUUGAAAAAGAUCAAGUGAAUUUAUUCAUGGAAUUAUUAUCGAUUGGAUUAUCCUCACCAUCGCCCUCCCCAUCACUGUCGUCGUCGUUGUCCUCAUCAACGAGUCAUCAGUUGAAUUUUUUCACUGCUCGUUUAGAUUUACAUUCAUUAUGGUAUCAUUUUAUAUUUCAUAGUUUAUCUUAUUGGGGUUGGUUCAUUGGAACAUUGAUUCGUGUGACGAUUAAACAAAUUUGUUCCAGUAUAAAUAAACUAUGCAAUCGAUUUUUUCUUUGUGUUAUACAAAAUAAUAGCACUAUGAUUAGAUCACAAUUAUCAACUACAAAUGAAUGGGAUUAUUUACCACCUGAUUAUACAUUAAAUAUAUUAGCUUUAAUACAAGGCAUUUGUCAUGCAUUUCUUCUCUCUGUUGGCAAUACACCUUUACCACUUCUACCUACAUCAUCACGUAAAGCGAAUUCAUUGCACCAACCAACUAGCACAUUAUUACGUCCUCUUACUAUUAAUAAUCAUAAUACUACUAAUAAUAAUAAUCCACCAACAGUAAGUCAACUCACUGGUCUACCUGAUUCAUUAGAAGGUGUUGUAGAAAUUGCUGAAAUUCUCUAUCGUCAUAAAUUGAAUCCACCGAAUUCAACUGGAUCAUCAUCUAUUAUGCCAACAGAAGUGAAUAAUAAUAGUAAUAAUACUAGUAAUAAUAAUAUUGUGCCAGCAUUUGAUCCGUUAUUUCCAUCACCAUUAACAGAGAAUGUUGAUCUUGGUUCUACUAUGCCUAUGAAUAGUAGUAAUUCAUCAUCUAUCGACAAUAAUCAUAUGUCAGAUAUGGAACCAUCCGUAAUUUUAACUUCACGUAUAGAAGAAGAUAAAUUGUCAAGUAAAGAUUGUUCAAAUCAAUCGCCAAAUCCUACUGUGAUCUUUUUGAAUCGUGUAAAAAAUUCUCAAAAUGUCAAUAUUAAAGAUGAUAUAUUAAAUCCAGAAUUACAUCCAUAUGUACAAGCACAAUUUGAAUUAUUACGUUUAAUGCCUGAGAUCGUUUCAAGUAUUUCACUUUUAUGGAAUACAUUGAAUCAAUCAACUUCCAGUUUAUUAACUACUAAAAGAAAUUUUUACAAAUCUAAUCAUUUUUAUCAAGACAAAGAACAGUGCCCAUUGUUAAAUACACCUAUUCCACCUGAGAAUUUGUCUUCAAUAAUUAGUCUUGGUUCACCUACUCUUGUUCGUGGAGCUAUUCGUCGAUUAUUAAAGCCUAUUGCAGCACAACAUCCAGAUCUUGUGCUGAUAACAACCGCUGUAGCUUGGCCCAAUACAACGUUUGAUAUUGAAACUGGUGGUCUAAUGGCUGGAGUUGAUUCACUCGCUAACUAUGGUCCAUUGGAUAUGCUUAUACCUGUACGAACAAAAAGCGAUUAUGGUAAUUCAGAAUUCUACUCCAUUCCAUUACAUCAAAAACAAUUGAGUUUGUUAGAUUUAAUCACUGGUCGUACAUAUGAUGAUAGAAAUUAUGGUCCAAUUUUAUCAGCCACUGUAUUAAUUCAUCAUUUACGUGAUUCUAUACGUCGUCCAUUGAAUAGUAUUAAUAAUAAUUCAUUGUUGGCACCAAUAAUCCAUAGCAGUAGCAGUAGCAGUAGUAGUAGUAGCAGUGUACAGUCUGGAUGUAAUCCCACUCCCUUAUUUUCACCAGUUGGUUCUUUUACGCCAACACAAGAAUUCAUGCCUACACCAAUAUCAAUGUCAUUGAAUGAAUGUAAAACUGUUGUGUCAAAUAUCAGCAAUAUCAAUAAUACCAAUACAAAUACAAAUAAUGGAUUAAAUUUAAUUCGUUUACAAAUUAAUUUACUACAUUUAUUCUAUGCAUGGCUUAUUAUAGCGAAAACAGAUUUUAUUUCAUCAGAUUUAUUAUUAAUUUUAAUCAAAGAUUUAAUCAUGAAUAUGCCAACAAUGUUAAAUUAUAAUUCUACCGCUUUAAUGAAUAUUAUCACAACAAACACAGGAUUAGGUUUAACACCAGCGGCAAUAUUUAUUCUUAUCAAAAUCUUUGGUAAAUUUUUAGAAACAGCUAGUUCAAGCGAUGAUAAACGAGAACAAAAAGAAUUACAGGAAUUAUGUCAUCGACUUCUUGAAUCGACUGCUGCUAUCGCUGCAUCUGCUUUGCAUCAACCAUCAUGGUUUCGUAAAACUUUACAAGUUCGUCAAUUCGAUGGGGAUUUAUCCAAUGCCAGUUUACAUUCACAACCGUUAAAUUCUAUCGAUUCAACAACAGAUCGUUUAUCUUUAUCUGGAUCAGAUGUAGUUUUUGAACCGUUGAAUAAAUCCGAUCGAAUCGCUAAAAAUGGAUCAUCGGAUUUGACGGAUUCACCAGUGUAUGGACAAUCGACUAAUAUGAAUUCAGUGUUGAAUAAUGAUAUUGAACAAGCUUCAAUGAAAGAUUUCUCUUGUAGAUCCAUCUCUACACUCGUACCGCCAUCAUCUUCAGCAUGUUCUUAUUAUACGAAAUCACGACAUUCGUCUGUGAAUUUGUUAACGCAUGAAAUAACUCGUAUUCGAAUGCGUAGUGAUGUGACAAUACAAGCUAUGGAAUUACUAACUGAGAAUAUGGCGAUCUUUUUAGAUUUAGUGUAUAGAAGUGAUGAAAAAGAUCGUGUAUCAACAUUUUUAAAUAAUAUUUUAUACAAUAUAUUCCCUUAUCUUCGUGUUCGAAUAUUAAGUAAUUCGGAUCAUUUUACUGUAGCUAGUAAAUUAAUUGCAUCUAUAAGUAGUUAUCAAUAUACACGUAAAUCAUGGCGUCGUGAAGUGUUUGAUUUAUUUUAUGAAUCUGUAUUCUUUCAAAUGACUUCAAUGGCAUUACAAAGUUGGAAUAUCAUUAUUGACAAUUUAAUGACCCAAGAUAAAAGUACAUUUAAAGAAGCUUUAGCUCGUCUUGUAUUCACUCAACCAGGUGGUUUAAAUUUAUUUACUAGCAAAGAAACAGAAUAUGAUUUACGUGCUGCUUGCUUGAAAAAAUUAUCUUAUAUAGUAUAUGCAAGUGAACCAGACCAAUACGCUAAAGCAAUGCCUGAUUUAUUAGAACGUCUUACUGAAUGUUUACGUUUAGGUCAGGGCAUAAUUCCAGUAGUUCAUACUCAAGUAUUUCUAUUUGCUCGUGUUUUAAUUUCUCGUAUGUCAGCUAUACAAUUAACUUCUUUAUGGCCUAUAGUUGUACCAGAAUUGGUUAGUUUUGUUUUUUCAUAA